CGACAGUCGUAGACCCAGCCAUGGCGUUUUUAUUUGUGACUACGUUCUAUCUGACAAUUCUGCUCUAUUCAAUAUCAGGCUAUUCUAGUAAUAGAGAUGGAGAUACCCCGGAAUGGUACUACCCGUUGCAUGGAGGCUUCAGGUUAGCUCCAUCAUCCUAUGUUGCAAUCUGCAAUAGGUUUAACCAAAUAGCCCGCAGCCAAAAGUUAAUAUGCCUGCUAUGCAAAGGUCUGGAUCCAUCAUGUUUCUUGCCUAUGUCCCACUCCACUUCUACGACUUCUACAACACCGCCUUCGACUUCUCCGACAACGACUAUGCCUAGCUCUCCGACUACAAUGACUGCUGCGACUACUCCGGCUGAACCUGCAGCAUGAGAAUUUUUAUGUUUGUAAUAUAGUUCUGAAGUAAUGAUUUCGAAUUUUAUGUUAUGAUUUUAG